AUGCCCGGACGUUCGGUGCGAAUGGGUCACGGGGAUCCCCGGUUCGACACCCCGCACCAUGCCCACGGCAAUCACACUAGCAGUGUGCCAGUGUACUCUCCCUCUCGCAAGCCCAUGAACACCGCUCCUGGCCCUGUGCCUUACAAGUCACCUGCCCCUGGCACACUUCCCACCGACAAGAGCGAACACUCUUUGCUCGCAGGACCUCCUCGUCGCGGCCGUCGCCGAGGCCGGCGCAGGCGUGGACCUCGGUCUCGAAAAGGCUCUCGUUCAUGCUCCCCGUCAUCGUCACCUUGCGCAUCGCCUCCCCAGGAGAUCGAGCAGCAGCCGGACCUUGUGUUUGGAUCGUCGAUCUCUGGGUUGAAUGGCGGUGAUCGCCACCUGGGUCUGAGUGACACCUACGCUUCCGCCACUCAGAGGUGGCUGAGCACACAGCAAGAUGUCGUGCACGACUCUGUCGAGCGUCAGGAAGAUCACUUCAAGCAGCAGCGCGAUGUCAAGCCGUCGCCGAUCAGCAAGCCCGCGCCACGUCGCCCCCGUCCCGCCUUCCUCGGUUGUCACUUACCGAUCCCUGCCACAGAGGUGGCGGAGACGAAGCCCUUCCCUCUCUCUGCGCCCUGCUACACCGCAGACGAGCUCUCUCUUCCUCGCCCUUACAACGCCGAUUAUCCCCACCCUCUCACUAUCUACGCCUCUCCAGCUGUCAAUCCCGCCACCGUUGCUGCAUCGGGCUACGCGCCGCUGCUGAGGAAGCUGAAGGAGAAGCCUGAGGAGAUGAUGGGCAACAUCCUCGCCGAGUGUGGCAAGCCAAACGUCACUGCGCUGGGUCUGACCCUGGAUCGCGACAGCAAGGACGGAUGUGGCAUUCCUGAGAAGUACUGGUUGCGUCUCUCGUCUUGGGACGGCGUCAAGGUGCCCCUCGGUGCUGUUGUGCCCUUUGCGAGGUCCAGCCGCGGCAUCGCCCCUCGUCUCGUCGCCUCCCGCUCCGAGAGCUCGCCACCUCAACCCAGUCCAACCACCUUCCCCGAGUCACCACCCCUGACCGACGCCCACUCUCGUUCCGAGACGGAUCUGACCAAUCUGGCGAGUACGGCUCGCUUUGCCCGCCGCUCCAGCGACGCGGGGCUCAAGCAGCCUCUCAGCCUUGCGCAGUGGAAUGCAGACCGUAGAGAACUAACAACAGUCCCCGUGCCGCCCCGCCACAGCUACACGCCCGUGCGCAAGUCGGACUCCACCUCCGGCGACCUCUCCCGCUCCGUCUCCAAGACUCAGCUGCUGUCUCCAGUUCCUGAAACUGAUGCGCUGCACCCCAUCGGCGCCGAGCGCAAGCUGCUGCGCAAGAGCCGUCCGCCUAGUCUCGGUCUUCCUUUGCCGACACCUGGCCAUGGUUCUCUUGGUAUCGCUGACUCUAUCGACAUUGUUCUAGAGGACAAGUACCCCAUCCAGCACUCCAACGGUGUCCGCGGUGAGGAGAUUUUGACUCCGCUCUCGGCUCGCACCUCGCUGCCAGUCACGCCUCGCACGCCCCGUACCCCGCUGACGCCCGGCUCGGCGGGGCAGUGGCACUCGUCGCUCAGCACGACGCUCGAGUUCUCCGCCGGCAAGUCCAUCUGGUCGUGA